UUCAAUGAAAAGCGCUGCUACUAUGAAUAACCGACUGUGUGGUCUAUUUCGGUACUCAUGCUGGGGUAUUUUCUUCUUCUACCCUUCUGUGUUAGGGCUUGGUUUCUUACAGCGGUGUGGCCCUUCCUGUUUAGGGUGUCGUGUGUUUAGUCCUGGCACCGACGUUGGGAUUACAAGAAAAUAUUCUGGCACUGGGAUUUGGCAUCCUUUCCUCGGGAGCAUUCUUUCGUGAGCACACCAUUUCAACUCAAAGGAAGGGGAUUUCCUUUGGAAGUUACCCUGGAUGUGUCACCCGUAUUUCGUAUAAAUGAAAAAGAUGUGGGUGGUACAACUCAUUUCGGUUGUGGUCUUCCUCGGCCUGUGUGGAGGUCAGGACCUGGCUCAACAAGUCUGCUCCACCGACCGGAGUCAAGUUGAUGUGAACGUCGCCGGUGCCAAUGUCAUCCUCGGGGGCCUGUUUGAAAUCCGUGGAAAGGGCACAGGCGGUUAUGGCUGUGGUAGGCCAGUGCCAGGCAUGCGGUCGUACGACACUUGCUUUUCUGCCGGUCAGGCUUUAAACGCCUUGGAGAAAAUAUUUCCUCAGUCGGUGAGCAGUAAUCCUUACUGCAGCCCCCAGUCUUCUGUCACGCCAGGCGUCAUUGGUCCUCUCUCCAGUGGUCCGACCAUUGCCGCAGCAGACUUGGCCGGUCGCCUCUCCAUCAGCCUCAUCUCUCCUCGGGCCGACUCACCGGUUCUCAGCGACAAAUUAAAGUACCCUACUUUCCUGAGGACUGUGCCCCCAAGUGGUGUCCAGGCAAAGGUUGGCGAUUCCCGUGAGAUCCAGUGGGUCUUCAGCGAUCUGGAUGUGGCCCAGGAUAUCUCUGGUAUUCAGACGGCCCCGGGCGUUUUGACGAUCCAGGCGCGGGCUCCGCUCGUGUCAGCGUUCAGAGAUUAUUUCACCCAACUGGAGCUGAAUCCGAGGACCAGCAACCCGGAUAAUCCAUGGUUUGAAGACUGGUACGAAGAGAACUACGGAUGUACCCUGAGAGGCGGCAGCAACCCCUGUCCCACGAGGACGCUCUCCGACCUGAAGAACAAGUUUGCCCAGAGCCCGUGGGCCGUGGCCACCAUGAAGGCCGUCUUUGCCUACGCCGAAACCAUUCGCUCGGUGUGCUCGCCGUUUGGUGGUGGUGUCUGUCCUGCGCUUCAGACCAUGAGUCCCUCCGACUUCCACAACCGGCUGAAAAACAUAAACUACCAGUUCCCGUCUACCUUCGGCAUUUCGGAGCUGAGGAAUCAGUUUAUCAAGUUUGGUGCUAACGGAGACCUGGAGGUGCCCGAGUAUACGGUUUACAACUACAACAACCGGGGUGGAAGUUUUGCGUUUGAAAGCGUGGGCAUAUAUGAAUCGAGCGGUCUCAAGAUGUCAGUUGCUCCAAUGGUGUAUGAUGUACUAAGGACCACAGAAAUGAUCACGCUUACAAAGGACUGUGCCACGUUCGGUUGCGACACCUGCGUAUUGCCUCAGCGUCGCGUGACCUUGCGCUACCAGCCGGGCAGUGUUGUCAUCGCCUCGCUGGUCGAUGCCCACAAGGCGGGCCGGGCCCCUUUCACCUGCGGGCAGGGCUCGGCGUCGGCUCUCACGGCCCUUGUGGCCGCCGAGUGGGCUGCGGGCGAGUUCAAGAGGAAUAACCCCGGCAAGCUGCGUGGUGUGAGCCUGGGUAGUUUGGUGGCGGACGUCUGCCCCGACAGCUACGUUUCCGACGGCUUCCUCGCCGACCUGCUCAGUGGCAACAACCGCCUCAUGGACUCCUCGGGCCUCAUUAUCCGCCCGGACAACAUCCAGGCUUUCGUGGACCACACAGGCAAUGGCCAGGCCAAGAGCAUCUCGUCGAUUCUCUCCCAUUACAUGAUCCCGGAGGUACAGACGGGCGCUACGACCUCCAUGUUGUCAAGCUCGGAGCAGUCGUACUUCUCCCGCGCCAUUCCGAGCGAAGAAGUCUACUUCACUGCCAUUGCUAGUCUGCUGCAGAGGCUUGGCUGGAAGUAUGUUGAGGUGGUUACUUAUUCGUCCGGCAUGUAUCAUGAACAGACGAAGGUGUUCCGACGAGUGGCAGCCAAGUAUGGAAUUUGUGUCGCGGGAGUCGAGGAUUUGUCAGAUGGUUAUCCAGCUGUCCUGGGCAGGCUUCAGAACAGCGUCUGGUCAGUGGUGGUGGUCAUCGGUAGUGUGGACGACCUGCAGGCUCUGCUUAAUGCUCGUACUACUGGAAGUGGCACCCGCUCCAUUCAGUUCAUCUCUGGUGUCGAGUCCUUCUCGAGAAAUCCGGCUCUCCUGACUGGAUUGGGCUCUGCCGCGGACUCGCUGAUCAUGCUGGAGCCUGAACUGGCCCCGAACUCAGCCUUCUCCACCUGGCUCAGGGGCCUCAGCCGCAGCGAGAUCGUCGUACACCCUUUCCUGCGGGAACUCUUCGAGAUCACCAACAACUGCUCGCUGGACCCAGCCACCCAUGGCCUCUACUCGCAAGCCUGCGACAACAACGACGCUCUCAAUGUUUUUCAGGACAAGGUACAGUACGUCAUAGAGAGCGUUUACACGGUGGCUGAUAAGCUCCAUGACGUCAUCACUGAGGUCUGUCAGAACAACAACUACGACGGCCUGUGCACCAGCUUCCGGUCAGCCACAGACAUCGGCAGCAGGCUGAACGCCAAGAUACGCAACUCUGGUCGCUCAGCAUCCGGCUUUGAGAUCAAGAACGGGGAGGGGGUGACCAACUUCAACAUCUAUCUCCGGAACGUAGCGCAAGCAACAUACACUCAGCUGGCUGUGUUUGACUCAGAGAAUCUCCGAUUGCUACAAGAGAACUACGGGCCUCUGGGGAGCUACGGUGGCCGUGCGAACACCUGCCCAGGUGUGUGCGUCCAGUGUCACUACCUGUACACCAUGCAAAGCGGCUACUUCGUGCCCGGGGACUGGAUCAUCGCCGGAGCCUUCAGUGUGAGUAACUCUGGCCCAGUAGAGCUGCAGCCGUACGUGUGCGGGUCGAUCCGAGAGGUCAAUGGGCCGCAGUACACGACCGCCAUGAUGUACGCCAUCGAGCAAGUCAACAAGGGGCUGGCUCCUGUCUCCGUCAAGGGCGUCAAGAUCGGUGGGCUGGCCUUGGACCACUGCAACGACGAGGGUCGAGUGAACCUGUUGGUGUCCGACAUCUACUCGGGCUUCCUCCGUGACAUGGGCGUCGACCCAACCCACAUCCUGUCCUGGCUCACGGACAACACCGGGAGUACGCACGAUGCUGCCACGGUGCUGGAGCCACUCGAUGUUGCCAUGGUGAGCCCUUCUGCAACGUCAGCGAGCCUGAUGGACUACCCGACCUUCCAUCGCACUGUUCAAGGGGACAUAACUACAGCCACAGCUCUCGUCAAAGUGAUCAAGUCGUUAGGAUUCCCCUACAUACAGGUUGUGUACUCGGACAGCGGCUACGGGCGUGGCGGUCUGAAGACCUUGACAGCCGUCACAGAGCAGGAAGGCAUCUGCAUCACCAGCUCUGUGGCCUUGGAGAGCGAGGACAAAGCCGCAGACGUGGUCGCUUCCCUCGUUGCUUCGCCGACCCAGGUCGUCGUGUCCUUCAUGUCCACGUCCCACACGCGGGCGCUGUUUGCGGCCACGGUCAACAACGCUGCUGCUCGCAGCCAGCUGCUGUUCCUAUUGCCAGAGCCUUAUGACAAGCUGGUGGCUCAAUACGCAGGCCAGUUGUCUCAGCCAAUCCUCAGUCUCCAACUGGCAAAGUCCAACCUGGCCAGCUACGGUCAGUACCUGGACAGCUCUCCGGUGGAGAACCCGUACUUCGCCCGCUACUACAUGAGCGUGAAGAACUGCAAUCUGCCGGGCUAUUCCAAGUACAGCACGCCGUGCCCCUCGCAGCCCAGCCUGGCCCCGAUCACACAGGACCCCAGCUUUGAGCAGGACAACUUUGUCGAGUCCACCAUUGACGCCGUGUACGCCUCUGUGGACGCGCUAGACCGCACCAUCCAGCAUUUCUGUGGUGCGGAUUACACCGAGCCGUGUCUGGAAUUUUACAUGGCUCCGGAUAGACGUGAGAGAUACAAUGCAUUGCUGAACAGCGCCACUUUUGUCAGCGAGUCGAAGAGCAUGUUCCGGUUCUUGGAGCGGGAAGGAGACACGACCUAUGACAUUCUGCAGAGCUCUGGUUCACAGUACCAGAAGGUGGGCAGCUACGCCGGGGUGUACCUGGACAUGGAUGAGACGAGACUCCGACAGUAUCCGGGAGUGGUGUCCGAGUGUCCGCCCCCGUGCCUGGACUGCAUCAUGCGCGGUCUGAACUUCUCUCACACGCCCGGAGAUCUGUACCUGGCAGGUGUGUUUGACGUCCACGAGAGAAGCCUGAGUCCCUUCACCUGCGGCCGAAUCAACACGCUACACGGCUUCCUGCUGCUGGAGGCAUUCCAUUACGCCAUCAAUCAGAUCAGCUACGCCUCGUCUAGCUCCCUGCUGAAUGACUCGCGGCUGUACCCGUACUUCUACCGCACCGUCCCGACCGACUUCAACCAGAUCAAGGCCAUUCUCUCCUUCCUGAACGAGAAGAACAUUCGCUAUGUACAGAUUCUGUACAUGGGUAACGAGAACGGCCGCACAGUGAAGGACACCCUGGAAGCGCUGGCCUCUGAGUACCGUGUGUGUGUGGCUCAGUCCGUGGACUAUAUUGACCUGGGUAUCCCCUCUAGAGAAACGUCAAACGCGGUGGUGUCGCGACUGAUCGAGAAGCCGGCCGCCAACACUGUUAUCUCCUUCCUCCACACGGAGUACGUCAAUUCCGUUCUCAAGGCCGUCGGUCGGUCUGACCGCGCCAGGGGCAAGCUCAGAUUUUUCGGCUCGGAUGCGUGGGCCGACAACCAGGAAGCUAUAGAGGAUGCCGAGGAUUACGCCGUGGACUCCAUCACCAUCAAGCUGGACUCCGACGAUGUUGAGAGCUUUGAGACGUACAUGAGCUCUAAGACACUGGCCAACUCGAAGGAGAACCCUUGGUUUGAGGAGUACUACCAGGAGAUCCACCAGUGCUACACCUCCAAAACCAACACCAUGGGCUACCCGCGCCAGUGCCCUUUGUCCCUGCAGAGCAUCAUCGACAGUCGGGGCUACCAGCAGGACCCGGGGGUCGUCUAUGUCAUGAACGCCAUCUACGCCGCGGCGUACGGUCUGCACGCCACUCUGCAGCAGUACUGUGGUAAGAACUACGCUGGUGUCUGUCAGGCGUACAGUAACAACGUGCUCCGCCGGGAGCAGCUCUCCACGAAGCUGGCGGAUGUUGAGUUCGUUGACCCUGUUGGCAAUAAGUUCUUCUUCGAAGACAGGCAUGGGGUCUCCAGUUUCCGGUUCAACAGCAUCGUCAAAGGCAGCAUCGUCGGCGCCAACUACAUUCAGAUCGGCUACUACAACACCAGCGGCGGUACGAUCUCGGUGGACAACAACUACGUGUCCAAGUGGAACAGCGGCUGUAAUCGCGAAGACGCCUGCUCCGAGUGUCCGGCCAUUAGAGACUCCAGCGUCCGCUACCUCAUCCUGGACAGCACCAAGAACAUACCAGCGGACGCCACAACGGUAGUUGCGUUCUUCGACGUGCACAAGCAGGGCGUGGACCCGUACCGCUGUGGCAGUCUCAACGUGCCAGGUUUCCACCAGCUGCUAGCCUUCCUGUACAGUGUGGAGAACCUGUUCCUCAGUAAAGUGGAGGGCUCUGCCACCAACGGCGUUUACAACAAGGGCAUCCGGUUCCUCAUCGUUGACACCUGCUCCAACAGCCUGAGGGUAGACCAGGAUCUCUUCGGUCUGCUGCAAGGGGAGGGGCUGUGUAACACAAACUUUGACGAUGAAGGCUACACCAUCAACAUGAACAACAUCGGUGCUGUAGUCACGUCUGGAGACCACAACACAAUGGCCGCCGCUCGUCUGCUGGAGGCGCCCGGAGUGACUUACGUGAGUCCCAACGCCAUGAGCCCGGACCUGGACGGUCAGCGUUACCUGGCCCGGACCAUCUCCCCCGUCAGCGGUCAGAUGCUGGCGCUGGUCAAGCUGCUCAACUCGCUGGACUGGAACUACGUGGACGUGGUCUACGAAGAUUCCGAGAAUGGAAUGGAGCCGUGGGAACGCUUCAGCUACUACGCUAGCAUGAGGAAAGUGUGCUAUGGCAAUUCUGUGAGGGCGGCCAUGGAUGCCAGCGAGGCGGACCUGAAGAGCUUGCUGAACCUGCUGUCUGGAAGCUCUGGCUCGAGAGCUGUGGUCCUUCUGGGUGGAGAGAAAUUUGUCCGCAGUGUGAUCAAGGCGGCCGCCGACUCGAGCGUGGGUCGGGAAUACGUGUGGCUGGUGGCCUCUGACUGGGACUUCUCUGAGGAUGACCUCAAGGACUUAAUUCCCAACGACUACCAGUUAAAGAUUGUGACGGUCCAGAGAGUGACAGACAAGGUGAGCAGCUUCGACCUGAACUACGUGGCCCAGCUCCGCUACGAGCCGCUGGACGGGGACCGCAACAACGGGCAGGUGCCUCGCCCCUGGUUUGAGGAGUUCUUCCAGCUGGUUCACGGCUGUACGCUCAGCGACGCCAUCACCCCCAUCUACGCUCCCGCCGGCAGUCCCCCUAGACCCGAGUGUGAUAAGAAUAAGAAGGUCGACGUGGCAGACGUGAAUCAGGAUGAGUACGUCUUGAACACGAUCGCAGCUGCCUUUGCGGUAACCGAUGGCCUCAACCGUCAGUUGGUCUCCUGCAACGGCGUCAACUGCAGCCACGCCAAUUUGGGCUCCAGCUCCAUCCGGGCACAGAUCAGGGCUCAGAUCCUGAACUCGGAGUGGGCACUGACGACAGGCGCUCCUCCGCAGGUGACCUUGUACGACAACACGAAUCUGGUGCUGAACUUUAACCCCAUGCAGUGGUGGGACACGGGCUACCAGGUCAGGCUCUGGACGGUCACCAAGGAUGCCGACGGUGUCGCUACUGUGGGGUCCACAGAGCUGUGGAAAGGAGUGAUCAAUCUGUCAGUUGAAGAUAUAGAGGCGCUGAAGAAACAGGUCGAUCUGGAGUCCCGCUGCGAUCAGGACACGGCCCAAGGAUCUUGCGGUUGCACUUUUGACGUGUACACGCCUGCUCAGCAAGUCACAGAUCCCCGAAUGACAUCGCGGAAUCUCGUCUGCGCUGGUCCUGUUCCUGAUGGCGUGCACACUCGUCCUCAUCCAGUGCAUCGUGCCCAUCAUCUGGCUCAUCCUGGUGCACCCAACGGCCACCCUGCGUGGCCAGACGGGCGACUUUCACGACAUCUGGUGGUGCGAUCCGAUCGCCGACUACGACCUUGGCCUCGUCACCUCCUUCAUCUUUGUCAUGUUCAUCGUGUUCAUCACGGCCAUCUUCUCCGCCAUGGCUUACGACACGGACAGGAAUAACUUUGAGUCACGGUGGAUCCUGUUUGCCUGUAUAGCAACAGCCGGCUGUUUCCUGGUUUGGAUGACCGUCACCACCAAUGCUGACCCAUAUAUCAGAGACCCAGUGGUGGCCAUCGCCAACUUUGUCAACGCCACGCUGCUGAUGCUGAUCCUACCGCUGCGCAAGACGGUGCUGAUGUGCCGAGCCCUGCGGGAGAAACAGGAGGAGAAGGAGAUCAUGGAGGUGGUCGGGGAAGUUUCCUAUGACAACUACAACAACUCAUACAACAACCCGACCUUUGAGCUGAACGACUACGACAACGACUACGUGGAGGGUUAGAUCUAAUCAUGUCCGUCGCAACAGGAGAAAGAUCUGAUGCAGGAUCAAAAUGUCUGAGAGUCAGUUUGCUGCUGUCAAGGCCUAUGUUGAUGUGUUUGGUACCAGUUGGGGAGUACUGACCGACAGAUGUGUUGUUGUAAGAGUAUUGUGUGAGUGUUGUGUUGUGAUGUGUGAGAGUUGUGUGAGUGUUUGUUGUGUUGUGUUGUGUUGUGUGAGUGUUGUGAUGUGUAAGUGUUUGUUGUGUUGUGUGAGUGUUGUGCGAGUCUGUACCUGGUGCUACGUCCUCGUCUGUGAGUGAAUGGACAGAGAGAUGUUGCUCAGAUAUCCAAAGUGUUUUGUCAUUCGGUUUGUGAAUGUGUUAGAUCGGAGAAUGGCCACACUUUGUUACUGUUAGGUCUUGUUUAUGGAAGCCUUUGGGUUGUAUUUAUCUAUUCAUUUAAUGCUUUUUUGUUCAAAAUUAGUUUUUAAAAAUUUGAUGAGAGUAAUAUAUGAGAUUACCUUUUAUUAAUGGCACCUGACUGAAUAUGAUUCCAACAAUCUUGAGUGGGUUUUUCCUGGGACUGUAAAUUUGUAUUUCUAAAGUUUUGAUUUUUUCGUCUUGGAUUACAGUGACAGAUUGUAUCAUGUUAUCUAUUUCUUUUGGAUGUUCUUCGAAAAUUUAACUGAAAAAAUGUUUAAAAGGAAGAUCUGGGAAGACUUUGUACGAAAAGAAUAAGUGUGAUCGGUAGAGAAGGACUUAAAAUGUGUGUUCUUGACCCUGAAAUGUGUCCUGCUGAGUUUUUGUGUCCUUGUGAUAUCCUGCCACAUUCCGCAUGUCUUUUUCAUAUUUAUGUAGAACAAUGUCUCGUCUGUGAGUAGAAGAACGUCUCGUUUCUUCGUUCAUGUAACGUGUGCUUGCCGUCUUUGCCUUGCACCUGGCAGAACUUGUCUCGCUGAGAACGUGUUGUAAAUAAUUGUCCGUGUGAGAUAUAUAUAUAUAUAUAUAUAUAUAUGAUAUGAUAUAUGUACAUGGCGUGUGAGUAUGACAGUUUAUAAAUCGAGUCGGGGGAUUUUUACAACUGAUUAUCUAAUUUUCAAAGGUGUAGUUGCUGAACAAAGAUAAUUAUUUUGAGUUGGUGAAAUAAAUUUGUUUAAUACAAAAUUGGGGCUUAGAUUUUUGUCUUCCUUUUGGGAUAUAUAUAUAUGCAGAUGGUUAUGAGGUUUUUGAAAAUGAAAUUUGUUCAUUGCAGGUUUUAUUCAGUAAACUUUGUCUUACUGUUGAUUUACCGUUCAUGUUAGUGUUAUUGGUUGAUAAGGAUUUCCUUACACGUUUAUAUUUUUAUUGAAAUAAAAUGUGAACAAAGUAAUUUUCUUACCCUAGUGCAGCAAAACUUUACUUUCUUGAGACAAGGUUUAUUUGUUUGGGAGUUGUUCUCAAGAUGUGGGUUGAAGUGAGAAAUAUCUAUGCAUUUUUAAUGCAAAAUUUUGGUUCAUCAGGUAUUUUGUUGUGUUUUUCUGUGUUGCAUUAAAUGAAAAGAAAUUUCUGACAUUUUGAUUGAAAGUGAUUGUUAAUCUUCUGUAAUUUUCACGUGUAUGCAUCAUAUUACUAAACUAUAUUUAUGUUGACACGUCUCUGAGACUUCAAAAGCCCCUUUGUAUACAAACAUUUUUCUUAUAUCACUCUUUACAAAUGAAAUCUACGUAUAAAUAGUGCGAUAUAAUAGCAAUACUGUUCUGCUCUUAUUAUUGCAUUAAAAAAAUAAUAAAAUAUGAUUGAUUAUUUUGGUA